AUGUGGCUUUGUCCGCCCUCCUAUAUCCAUCCCUUCGGAGUUUUUACCGAUGCGAUGGGUAAAAUUAUAGCGAAACAAGAAAACGAACAGUCAUCUUCGGAACGUUUGGCUACGAUUGAUGGAGGUUCCGCCGUGACCAUGUCUCCAGAGGUUCAAGCGCUAUUGAAAAAUAUCACCGGUACAAGGGCAGCCGCUGGUGUUUUUCAGAAGAAUAUACAAUCUUUGAAAUUGCCUUUCGUUUACCACCUCUUGCCACACCUCAUGAACGACCAUAACAGCCUUAAGCCAGCAUUCCACAUGAAAAGCGGAAAGUUGUUUGCCGAUGUAGUAAUCGGUAUACCGACUGUAAAAAGGGACAAAGAAAAUUACCUCAUGAUAACGUUAUCGCAUUUGAUCAGUGAAAUGAAUCCCCAAGAUUUGAAUUCUACUCUUAUUGUGGUUAUGAUUGGAGAGACUGACAUGGAAUAUGUCAUCAAUACAGCCAGGCAGAUCGAGAACCAAUUUCCUAAAUUAGUUGACUAUGGACUUAUCGAGGUGAUUUCACCGGCGGCUUCAUAUUAUCCAAAUUUUGAAUCUUUACCUGUAACUUUGGGAGAUUCUUUGAAAAGAGUUAAAUGGAGAACUAAACAAAAUCUGGAUACUAUAUAUCUAAUGGCAUAUGCGCAAUCUAAGGGCGUUUACUACCUGAUGCUAGAAGAUGACGUAAUCGCUAAGAAGAAUUACAUGCAGGAUAUGAAAGAUUUCGCAGCAGUGGUCACCCUCGUGAACCCGGACUGGUUUUACAUAGAGUUCUGUCACAUAGGCGGCAUUGGAAAGUUUUUCAAGUCCACAAACCUUGUUCAUUUUAUUACAUACGUCCAGUUGUUCUACAAUAAUAUGCCUAUUGAUUGGCUACUUGAAAGUUAUUUAUCUGAUAAAGUAUGCACCAUAGAAAAGAAUUCUGAUUCUCAUUUUGGUGUGGUGCCAACUUUUUAUCCGCACCAAAAUCCACCGCUCAGAAGCAUCCGAUCUAACAUAAAAGAACAACUGGAUCACACUCUUAAGAAGGCAUACGAAGGAGAAUCUUUCUUUUGGGGUUUCAAACCUAAAGUUGGAGAUUAUAUCGAGUUUUGGUUUGAGAAACCAACCGCAUUAGAAAAAUACAUGUUCCGUAGUGGUAACGUGGAACACGUUUCUGAUAAAUUCUACGACACAAAUGUAGAAAUUCUACCAGUUAAUGAUAGUAACUUCACCGUAGUGGGGAAAUUUGAUGAGUUCGGUUUAGCUGAGAGCGAGCUCCGAAACGAUCUGGGACCAUUGUCUGCCAUAAGGCUAAUUGUGAACCGGAAUAGUCAUUUCUGGGCUAUUCUUAGCGAGGAAGAUAUAAUUAGCGCUAAAUCGGCUCCUUAUAUUGCGUUAGUCGGAUUACGUCACAGAACGGAAAGAGGUAACUUUAAAUUUGAAAAUAUUGACUGCCCGCCGUAG